UGACUCUGACACAACACACCGGUAUGUGUGCGCACUGAGAGCCACACACACACGCACGCACACACACACGCACACACACAUACACGCACACACACAUAGACCACGCACAGGCGCACAGGCACCAUCCAUCCAUCCUUCCAGACGCACAACUUGUGUUUCCCCCCUCUCUCUCCGCGGUGAAUGACGAGAAGAAGGCGCGUGGUUAUCACACUGCGACGAGGCUUUUUGGAGGAAUAGAGACUUGGAGAAUAAUCCAAAACAAGGUCUGCCCCUGAUAACGUGACCACUGAAGGAAGACAACACAGAACUGCUUCAUCAUGAAUUUUGUAAUGAAAGCUGCACUGGGAGGAGGUCCUCCUGAUGUGGGCAAGAUGCUGGGUGGGGAGGAGAAGGAGGAGGACCCUGAUGCAGCAAAGAAAGAGGAGGAAAGACAGGAGGCGCUGAGGCAACAGGAGGAAGAGAGGAAGGCCAAAUAUGCCAAGAUGGAGGCUGAGAGGGAAAGUAUGAGGCAAGGCAUCAGGGACAAGUAUGGCUUGAAAAAGCGUGAGGUGGUUGAGGCGGAGGCCGCGGCCGCCGCAGAGGAGCCUGCAGCCGGCAGCUUGACCCGACCCAAGAAAGCUGUGCCAGCCGGCUGUGGUGAUGAGGAGGAGGAGGAGGAGAGCAUCAUGGACACAGUGAUGAAAUACCUGCCAGGCCCGCUGCAAGACAUGCUGAAGAAGUAGGCUAGCAAGCCAGCUAACGCUAACGUUACCCAUCUUAGUUUAUAAACUACUGUAAAUUCACAAAGUUGGCUUAAAUCAGAUUUUUUCCACCCACAUGACAGAGUGCAACAAAUGACGUCACAAAAAGCUGUGUUUAGACAUAUCACAGAUGGGUUUUUAUGAGACACAACAUGGGGAACUGAAUCAGGUGUGAACCAGCAGUGUGAAUAGUAGCCAUUAGACUAAGUUUGCAGCCAGGUGAACGUUAGCUUGACUGAUGCUCAUGUUAGCUUAGACAGAAUAAUGAAGCUAACAGCAAGCAGAGGGGCUAAAGACACAACGUUAGAUGGUUUAUCCUUCUAGACUGAGAAGUUUUAAACUCCUUUUUCUCUCGUCUGCGACGGUAGCUGCAGAGCUCUCUUGCAGCACAGAAAAUAAUCUCCUUGUCUACCACGACCACGCCGUUCACUCAGUUUGUACAUUCAUAAAUAAAUAAAUAUAUAAUGCGCCUCAAGGUGGGCCAACAAUCAUAUCGUAAUAUUAUAUAAAAAUUAUUACACUAACUGUGUGUCUGUCUUUAAAAUAAAAAAAAAAUGUGAUAACUUGAUAAGCCAUAUUUUAAAAAGGAAAUUUAAAGACUAUUAUUGUGUGCUCUUAAAGCUACUGUUUUGUGUUUGCCCAUGUCUAAAGUUUAUGUAAAACGUUUGCACACAGUGUUUCCCAUUUUCUGUGUCGUCUAUUUCCCCGACACACUCCGUAUAAGCCCAACACCAGAGUGUAACAACAUUCAUGUAGUGUAGUGUUUAAAAAAAAAAAAAAAGUUUUUAAUCCCCUGUUCAGUGUUUUUCACCUCCUUCUUACGUCUUUGCAUGCCAUUUGUCUGGACCAGUUUGUUGUGUGAAUAUGUAAACUCACUCCCCUUCCUCCUGUUUCUCUUCUUAAUCAUGCAAAAAAUAUGAAGGCAAUAACUCUUAAGUUUGAGUGUGUUUUCACUAUAAUGUUAAUAUAACAGUUAAUAUUAUCAGUAAUAAAAUGAAAGAAAAAAAACUGUAUGCAUUCAGGAAAUUUAAUUUACAAGUUUGCAGGGUUUUAUUUUCCUUGUUUAAUUGUUUUGAUGAAGAAUGACCGUGCAGCAGUUUGUGAAAAAAGCCAAAACCUUAAGCUUUCAGCCAUAAAACCAGACUUACAGUAUAUACUCUAUUAUUACUAUCAGGAUCUACUUCUAGGGAGAGAACACUGAAUGAAUCUGUAAAGUAAAAACAUGUAUCUGUUAUUUUUAAGUGACAAUAAUCAGUAUUGACUUAAAUAGAUAGACUGCAAGUUUAGUGAGUGAGAGAGAGCAAGAGAUUACCCUCCUUCCAUAAACACAUAAAACUGCAGUUUGGCUACAGAGUAAUGAUUUAGUUCCACAUCGAAACCAGAAGGUGUAUGAAAAGACGAUGUGAAACAGUGACACAUUUAGUCAGAUAUUGUUGGUUUUGAGGUGAGAUCAAACCAUUGAAGGUGAAAAUGAAAUGCCAUGAGCAAUAAAGGAUUAUCAUGUAUGUUUCUGCCUGAGAUUCAAUAAAAACUUAAAACCUUGUUCACA